CCCAGCCCAGCCCAGCCCAGCCCGAAAAACCCUUUCCUCGUCGCCUUCAGUGCUCCGGCGAUGCGGCGGCUACCGGUGCGAUUCCUGCGCUCCGCCGCCGCGGCCGCUCGCCGCGCCCCCGCCGCCUCCCACGGAGGCUUUCCGGCCACACCGGCGCUGCAUCCCGCGGCUUCUGCUGCAGCGCCAUCUUCCUCUUCGGCCGACCUCUCCCGGUGGCCGCAGCGGAGGGGUUACUCCCAGUUCGCGAGCGGGUUCACCCCGCUGAAGCCGAAGCCGCUGGAAUCCAUCAUCGACGUCGAGCGCGCCAAGGGCCUCUCGCCCGAGCACCUCGUCGCCGCCUGGGAUGACUAUCAUUUGGGAAGAGGUCAUAUAGGUGCAUCUAUGAAAACAAAGCUGUACCAUCUCUUGGAACAAAGGUCAUCCACAUGUCGUCACUUUGUUAUUCCUUUGUGGAAGGGAAGUGGAUACACUACUAUGUUCAUGCAAGUCCAGAUACCAUACAUGAUCUUCACAGGACUUGAAGACUAUAAAGCAAGAGGCACUCAAGCAAGCCCUUACUACACAGUCACCCAUUACACAGAGUUUGCAGAAACCAAGGACAUGGUGCUUAUUCGAGGAGAUGUUGUUUUCACCAGCAAGCUAACUGAUUCAGAGGCGAAGACCCUGUUGGAGACUGCUCACUCAUUCUACCUGAAUGAUGUGAGGUACAAACUCAUGGAGCGCUUCAACAAAGAGACACACGAGUUCGAGUUCAAAGAUGUUCUUCAAGUGCUUGAUAUGCCAACCAUGUGACCAGUUUAAUUCCCAACCAACAGCAAAUAUGCCGAUAGCAAAUUGCUUUUUGUCACCUCAAUUUGGCACUGCAGAUUGCUUUCUUGUAUCAUCGAAGGCAGUAAGAUGGAUGCACUAGAUAUGCUCCUGACGUCAUUAGAAAAUUUUGGGGAUUGUGCUAAAGCAGAUGUGGACUUGAGUGCCAGGAGAAAUUCCCUAGCUAUUGCCUUUGUUUCUUUCUAGCAAAUUAGAUCCAUAACAACAAUUUCUUGCCAUGAUGUAUUGUCCUUUAAUAAGUUGGUGGAAACAUAAAGUUGUUCGUAUGUGGCAAGGUCGAUGGCAGCGCAAAUAAAAGGUCAGCGUGAGUUUGUGCUGAA